CAAAAACCUGCUGGCAGCCCCCCGGGCCGUCAUGGCCGCUCCUGCUGCCCCGGAAGAGGAGGAGGAGGAGAAACAAGAGGAGGAGGAGGAGGAACGAGGGAGGCGGGCCACGAAAUGGCGGCGCCCGCCGGGCUCCACGCGAGGGCGGGAAGCUGAGGCGAGAGGGGGGGGGGAGAUGGCGGCGGGGCCGCUGCGCCCCUACAGAGCCGCCGCCGGGUUGUCGGCAAUUUGGAGCCGCGGGGGGGUGAUGAUGAUGAUGGUGGGCAUGGAGAAGGCUGCGGGGAGGCUGAGGCAGCGCCGCUUCAAGAGGGCCGUGCUGCCCGAGCCCGCUGCCUCUUCCCCUGCCGUGUCCGUCACCGAGAUCCGCAGGUACCUCCGUGAGCAGGGGCUGCCCUUCCAUGAUGGCCACAGCUGCCUGCACGCCCCCAGCCUCUUCACCCCCGGCCCCGCCGCGCCGCCCUUCACGCUCUUCAUCGACAAGACGACUGGCGGCUUCCUCUGCACCGCCACGCUGGCCGAGGGCACCUGGCAGGACCUGCAGGCUGCCGUGGAGCUGCGCCACCGUGGGCUGCCCCCUCCAAGCCUUCAUGAGGAUGAUGAGGAGGAAGAAGAUGAAGGCAGGAGGGCGAGGGAGGCCGCCCGGCGCAUCUGGGAGCGGGCGCUGCCGCUCUGGGCUCUGGAUGAAGAGGAAAGCCGGGCCACCAAGGCGGCGUUCGGCAUCGCCCAGCUGGCCGACGCCACCCUGAAGCGUUUCGGGGUGCGCUACCUGCGUGCCGCCAGGGCGCUGGUCUUCCCUUGGUUCGCCCCCCGCGACGGCGCCCUGCGGGGGCUGAAGCUGGUGGGCGCCACGGAGGAGACGUUCCCCCGCUUCGACGCCUACCACAACCUCUUCGGCUUGCCUUUAGUCGGGCGCCGCGACACCGAGGUGGUGCUGACGGGGCGGGAGCUCGACGCCCUGGCCCUACACCAAGCCACCGGGGUGCCCAGCCUGGCGCUGCCGCGGGGGGCUACCUGCUUGCCCCCGGCCCUGCUGCCCUACCUGGAGCAGUUCAAGCGCGUCACGCUGUGGCUGGGCGACGACCUGCGCUCCUGGGAGGCCGCCAAGCUCUUCGCCCGCAAGCUGAGCGUCAAACGCUGCUCCCUGGUGCGCCCCGGGGACCUCCAGCCCCGGCCCUUGGAGGCGUUGAACCGGGGGCUGAACCUCACCAAAAUCCUGCGCGCCGCCCUGCCCGCCGGCCACAAGUCCAUCGUCUCCUUCAGGCAGCUGCGCGAGGAGGUUUUCGGGGAGCUGGCCAACAGCGAGCAGGUGGCCGGCGUCAAGUGGGCGCGCUUCCCCGAGCUCAACAAGCUCCUCAAGGGGCACCGCAAAGGCGAGCUCACCGUCUUCACAGGCCCGACGGGCAGCGGGAAGACGACGUUCAUCAGCGAGUACGCGCUGGACCUGUGCACGCAAGGGGUGUGCACGCUGUGGGGCAGCUUCGAGAUCAACAACAUCCGCCUGGCCAAAAUCAUGCUGACCCAGUUCGCCGCGCGGCGCCUGGAGGACCAGUUGGAGCUGUACGACGAGUGGGCCGACCGCUUCGAGGAGCUGCCGCUCUACUUCAUGACCUUCCACGGCCAGCAGAACAUCAAGACGGUUCUCGACACCAUGAAGCACGCUGUCUACAUGUACGACAUCACCCACGUGGUCGUGGACAACUUGCAGUUCAUGAUGGGGCACGAGCAGCUCUCGGCAGACAGGCUCGCAGCCCAGGAUUUCAUCAUCGGUGCCUUCCGCAAGUUCGCCACGGACAACACGUGCCACAUCACGCUGAUCAUCCACCCCCGCAAGGAGGACGACGAGAAGGAGCUGCAGACCGCCUCCAUCUUCGGCUCCGCCAAGGCCAGCCAGGAGGCCGACAACGUCCUCAUCCUGCAGGACCGCAAGCUGACGACGGGGCCAGGGAAGCGGUACCUGCAGGUGGCCAAAAACCGCUUCGACGGGGACGUGGGCGUCUUCCCCCUGGAGUUCAGCAAGGCCUCGCUCACCUUCUCCUCCAGCAAGAGCAAGGCCAAGCUGAAGAAGGUGAAGGAGGAGAAGGCGCCUGCGGCCAAGAAGGAUCCGGACGGAGGUGCCGGAGGCUCCAGCAAGCCCUGAGCGCGGCGAUUCCCACCAGGAGGGAUGGAGCACCGCAGUUUUGGGGUGCAGCGGGAGCAGCAGGGCCAUGUGCCCGUGUUCUGUCCUCCUGUGUGAAGCAGCCCCGUUGUCCUGCGGGAUGUGAGGGGAGCAGGAGAGAAGGC